CAAAAAAAGCGCGGCUUCAGCUGGAGGUCGUGGCGAGCUGGUGGCUGUGGCCGCUGACAGGACGGCGCCUCGGCAUGGACUCCACCGCCUGCUUGAAGUCCUUGCUCCUGAGCAUCAGUCAGUACAAAGCCGUUAAGUCGGAGGCGAACGCCACCCAGCUCCUGAGGCACCUGGAGGUGGUUUGUGGACAAAAGCUGGCACGACUGUUUACAUCACAGCAGAUACUACCAAGUGAAUGUUUGAGUUGCCUCGUAGAACUUCUUGAAGACCCAAACAUAAGUGCUUCACUGAUCUUAAGUAUUAUCAAUUUGCUGUCUCAACUGGCUGUAGAUACUGAAACCAGAGACUGUCUUCAGAGUAUAUACAACCUGAAUAGUGUAUUGGCAGGAGUGGUUUGUCGGAGCAGCACUUGCCACAGUGAUUCAGUGUUUUUACAGUGCAUUCAACUUCUGCAGAGGUUAACAUAUAAUGUCAAGUUUUUUCAUUCUGGUGCCCACAUAGAUGACUUAAUUACAUUCCUGAUUGGUCAUAUUCAGUCUUCUGAAGAUGAGUUAACCAUGCCUUGCCUAGGAUUGUUGGCAAAUCUUUGUCGGCACAAUCUUUUUGUUCAAACACAAAUAAAAACUUUGAGUAAUGUGAAAUCCUUUUAUCGAACUCUCAUAAGCUUCCUAGCACACAGCAGUUUGACUAUAGUUGUGUUUGCACUUUCAAUAUUAUCCAGUUUGACGCUAAAUGAAGAAGUGGGGGAAAAGCUAUUUCAUGCUCGAAACAUUCAUCAGACUUUCCAACUAAUAUUUAAUAUUCUAAUAAAUGGUGAUGGGACCCUAACAAGAAAGUACUCAGUCGACCUACUUAUAGAUCUCCUUAAAAAUCCUAAAAUUGCUGAUUAUCUUACCAGGUAUGAACACUUCUCUUCGUGUCUUAAUCAAGUUCUAGGACUUCUAAAUGCGAAAGACCCUGAUUCUUCUUCAAAGGUUUUAGAAUUACUUCUUGCAUUCUGUGCAGUGUCUCAGCUGCGCCACGUGCUCAGUCAGAUGAUGUUUGAACAGUGUCCAUCUGCCAACAGCAUUCUGGGAAGCCGUCCUAAAAGCUUAGAACCUACUGUGGCUCUGCUUCGUUGGUUAAGCCAACCUUUGGAUGGAUCUGAAAACUGUUCUGUUUUAGCACUGGAAUUGUUCAAGGAAAUCUUUGAGGAUGUCAUUGAUACUGGUAACUGCUCCUCAACUGACCGUUUUGUGACCCUUCUGCUGCCUACAAUCCUUGAUCAGCUUCAGUUCACGGAACAAAAUCUGGAUGAGGCCUUAAUAAGAAAAAAAUGUGAAAGGAUGGUCAAAGCCAUUGAAAUUUUAUUAACUCUGUGUGGAGAUGACACUCUAAAAAUGCAUAUUGUAAAAAUAUUGACUACUAUAAAGUGUACCACGCUGAUUGAACAACAGUUUACAUAUGGCAAGAUUGACCUGGGAUUUGGAACAAAGGUAGCAGAUUCUGAAUUAUGCAAACUUGCUGCUGAUGUAAUUUUGAAGACUCUUAAUUUGAUGAACAAACUAAAACAACUGGUUCCUGGUAUGGAAGUAAGCUUCUACAAAAUCCUUCAGGAUCCACGUUUGAUUACUCCAUUGGCUUUUGCUUUAACAUCAGAUAAUAGAGAACAAGUACAGUCUGGAUUGGGAAUAUUGCUGGAAGCUUCUCCACUGCCAGAUUUCCCUGCCUUAGUUCUUGGAGAAAGUAUAGCAGCAAACAAUAUAUACAGACAGCAAGAAACUGAACAUCUGCCCAGGAAAAUGCCUUUGCAGCCCUUAAAUCCCUGUUUUCCAGCAUCAACGAAGUGCUUGUCGCCUCCUCUUUCAAAGGAUAAUGCUCCUCCAUUGAACAUCGAGGAGCUAAUAGAAAAACUUCAGGCCGGAGUAAUGGUAAAGGAUCAGAUUAAUGAUAUAAGAAUAUCUGACAUAAUGGAUGUUUAUGAGAUGAAACUUUCCACAUUAGCUUCUAAAGAGAGCAGGUUACAAGAUCUCCUGGAAGCAAAAGCCCUGGCUCUUGCACAGGCUGACAGACUCAUCGCUCAGUAUCGCUGUCAGAGAACUCAAGCAGAGACAGAGGCACGGACACUUGCGGGUAUGUUAAGAGAAGCUGAAAGAAAAAAUGAAGAUCUUAGUAUGUUGCUGAAAUCACAACAGCUGGAAUCGGAAAGAGCCCAGAAUGAUAUUGAGCAUCUCUUUCAACACAAUAGGAAAUUAGAGUCUGUGGCUAAAGAACAUGAAAUACUGACAAAGUCCUACAUGGAACUUGUUCAAAGAAACGAGACUACUGAAAAGAAGAAUGUUGACUUACAGACUACUUGUGAGUCCCUGAAUAAACAGAUCGAGACAGUGAAAAAGCUGAAUGAGUCACUCAAGCAGCAAAAUGAAAGAACUAUUGCUCAGUUAAUGGAAACAGAAGAACAGAGAAAAGAAGUCCAGAGCCAAUUAGUAGACAGAGAAUGUAAAUUAUCGAAUUUGCAUAAAAAAGCAAAGUCCCAAGAAGAAAUGAUUAAUGUUUUACUAAAGGAAAAAGAAGAUAAGCAGGAAACCAUUGAUAUCCUUAGGAAAGAAUUAAGCAGAACAGAACAGAUAAGAAAAGAAUUGAGUAUUAAGGCUUCCUCCCUAGAAGUGCAGAAGGCUCAAUUAGAAGGUCGUUUGGAAGAGAAAGAAUCUUUGGUGAAACUUCAGCAAGACGAGUUGAACAAGCACUCUCACAUGAUAGCAAUGAUCCACAGUUUAAGUGGAGGAAAAAUAAGCCCAGAAACUGUGAAUCUCAGUAUAUAAAUAUUGUGGCUUUGAAGAAUUGGCAAAUGAAUACUUUUAAUGUGUUUAUAUAUUGGAGGUGGCAGUCAGUAGAGAAAAUUGUGACUACAAGAUAGUUAUCAUUUGCUUACUACCUACUAACUUAGUAAAAAUCCUGAUUUGACCCUUGUUUUAUUUGAUCUUUGGAAUAUUAAUUUUUUUAGAUUUUUGUAUUUUGGUUUCUCUAAUGUUUGCUCUUACAUGUCUUAGGUAUUCUUAUUUCUGAUCAUAUUCAUGGGUUAUUUCAUAUCUACCAUGAAUACACUUUCAUAAAUGUGCUUUUAAGCACUCUCUUUAUUGUGUAAAUAUGUUUGAGUAGACACACAGACUACAAGGGCUACAGUGUCUUCUUUUAGUACUGUCAUAAUAAAUACGCUUUGUCACUGACUUUGUGAUGAUGACAAAGUAAUGUAUUUGUUAAAUUAAGCUUUCUUGAUAGAACAGUCUUGAAGAUGAUCAAUUAAGAUCAAUUAGUUAAAAGGAGAAAUGGUCUGAUACUAAGUUAAUUUCUCUCUAAAGUUAACAGAAAAUAAUAGAUUGAAAGGAGUUUAUAUUACUGCAUCUAAAAUAAAAUAAUUUAAGGCCAAAACUCUAAAUUUGAAAACAGAUGCAGUAGUUAUCAGAAAUAAUGUUUAAAAAUUGGGUAGUAUCCAUUGUGUUAAAUGAUUAGUCUCUUAAAAUUAAUAAUUUGUAGCAUUAUUUGCAACUUUUUUCAGUUUUUGUCUUUUUCUUUGUUGCUUUUUUUCCCUUGACAUCUCAUAUACCUAAGGUAUAUUUAACCCACUCAAUUUCUGUUUUAUUUUUUGCUAUUAUUUUUAAUUUUGUUGUUGUUUGCCUUUUGAGAUGAGUUUUUUCUGUAAUGCAAACUGAUCUUCAAUUUACUAUGGAGUUCAUGCUGAUUUUGACUUGAGCCCAUGGUGAUCUCCUGCCUCGGCCUCCCAAGGACUGGAAUGAUAAGUGUGACCUGCUAUAUCCAGAUGUGUUUUCUCCUUAAGAUGUGGUAUGUUGACAAAUUCAUUUUUGCUUUUAAGGAUAACUGAAUUUUUGUUCUAGCUAUAGUCAUACAUGUUAUUUCUUAUAGUAUACACAUUUAAUAUAUAAAUAUUUUUAAUGAGCCAUUGACCUUUUUUUGGGGGGCCAUUUUAAAGCAAAACUUAAGUAUCCCUGUUUAGAUAUUUCAGUCAUACAAAGGAAUCUUUUAGCACUUUUCAAAUGGUAAUAAGUGUAAUGUGCUUAAGAAACCAUUUUAGGUCAGUACUGUAGUUUCAAUUACUUUGCUAAACUUUUAUCUGAAAAAGUAGAAAUCAUAAUGCCUAAGUUUUAAAUUGCACGUGAUUCUGAGUUGGUGAAAUCUUAAUAUUUUCUGCUCUAUUAUGGGUCAAGAAUCAUCUCUUUAUCCAUCAUGUUUCUACUGCAUAGUCCACCUGCAAUUGGUAACUCAGUUAUCAAAUCAUGUUCUUGGAUAUUAUAAUACUGUAUUCAACUAACCCUUAUUAUAUAAUACUUAAUAUGGCACCAAAUAUGCAAAACCAGUCAUUUUGGAUGUAACUAUUAUCUAGUAUAAUUAAAGGAAGUAGAAUAAGUACAAUAAUAUUUUGAUAUUAAGAAUAUAAUUAACCCAUUAUAGCAUCUUUUUAUAAUUACCAUUUUUAAUUAUUAUCAAUUGUUAUUCCCUUGCAGUACCUAAUUUAUAAAUUAAGUUUUGUAGCUUGGUAUAACAGUGUGUGCCUGCAACUCUCUUACUUUGAAAGCACAGUCAGGUGGAUCCCAAGUUCAGGUUCAUUUGAGCUGCACAGUGAGGUCUUAGUUUACAUAAGGAUGAAACCAUGGGGUUUGGUAGGACAGAAGUUAUUUAAAUUUUCUAAUAUGUAUUAUAUGAAGAAUUAUAAUACAUUAGAACUCAGUACUACCUCCAAUUCAGGUCAUCUGUGAGAGUUUUAGAAUAUUUCUUUAGGUGAGGAGUAGGUGAGGACUACUGUACUCUAAAAUAUUGCUAGUAGCAUUUCUCAAAGUGCAGUCAUUUCAGUCUUUCCUCUCUGAAGGAAAAGCAUCUUUCAUCACUUUCUUUUGUUUCUUGUAGCACAUUUCUUAUCAUUCUUACUGUUCUUCUCAACACUUAGUAUAUUGGGUACUUUUCUGCUUGUAUCUUUAGUUUGAUUGAUUUUUGUUUCUGGUUCUAUGUACCUCAGAUUAUAAAAGCAAAAGUUUAUAUCUAAAUACAUUUUUUUCUAAAAAUUUUUAGAUGGGUUCACACUAUUUUAACAUAGGUGAAGAUUUAGAGAUGAUUAGUAUCUGUAUACCAUGUCUCAAAAGAAAAGAACAAACUUAAGAAAUUUAUCACUAGUAUCUCAUCUGCUUAAAUUUGGGGGGGCAUAAGUUUUCUAAAAUACACACUAUUAUAUUUCCUUGUACAAUUUAUACUUGCUGCUUGAAUAAAUAAUGUUCUUUCAACUGAUUAAAGUUUAUUCUAACUUUAUUAAUUUAAUAUGAGGCUAGAAAGAUGGAAAGGUAUUGCUGUAUCUUACAGAAAAAUCAGAUUAGUGCUCUUGGGUUAUAAUGUCAUAAACACUAUCUGAAGAUUGAAAGGAGAUACCACCACUAAUUACAUUUGUUAUUUUAGGCUCUGGAAGACAUAAGGUCUUACUCAUAACUAUUAAACUCUGCUAUUGUAACACAAAAGCAGCCUUGGACAGUACAUAAGUAAAUAUCUCUAGCUGGGUUCUAGUAAACCCUAUUAAUGUAAACUGUCAGUGAUUUGCUAUUAAAUAUUGAAUUUACCCACUAAGAAAUCAU